AUGGGUCCACUUAUCGUGUUCGUAGCUUUUCUGGCUGCAGUUGCAGGAAUUGAUCUACCACAUCCAUCUACAUUUGCUACGAUUUUCAAUGAAGAUCAGUUCGAAGAUUAUCUGGAUUCUUGGCUUGCACAGGAAGAACCCAAAUGGGCAAAUGCAUCUAGUUUAUUUGGAUACACAGAAAUUACUCCUCGAAGUGGUUGUACGUUCAGAAUAAAUGGAGAUCUUGGUCAGCCUCAACCUGUGUAUAUUCACAGUGGCACGUAUCUACGACCAAAUGGUAACACAGGACAAAUACGCCUCAACGCCGGCCAGCAGGUUACCAUUGCAUGCCCCGGACGCACCAUCCGACAUCCUAAUAUUGCUUCAACAGUCGCCGUUGCUACCGCAACAUGUGUAAGCAACAAUUUAGUAUCUGGCGCUGGUUGGUUAAACGGCAAUAGAGCGUUUGGUCAACUGACUUGCUCAAAUCAUGCUUACCAUGAAGCCCAAGCCACGAACAGCAGAUGUUGGGGAAAUAACAUAGUAAUUCGUGUUGGAUUCAUCGUGAACAAUGUUUUCCAUACACUGUACCAUUCUUGCUUCAAUCAACAACGCAUGGAAGUACUUUAUGUCUGGUAUGAACAGUCUCGUGAAAACGGAAUUCACCAGACUGGUGUUGAUAGACCCAGCUUUCUUCCUGGUUCGUUUUACCCGGGUGUUUCUGUUAACAACAUGUAUACUCAAGCUGAACAAAAGAGGACCAUUGCUCAGUACAUUGGUCAAGCUCAAGCUGAUAGAUUGAUCACCAACCAUCAGUUCCUCGCACGUGGCCACCUUGCCUGUAAAAGUGAUUAUGUUUUCGCUACCGGUCAACGCGCAACUUUUUAUUUCAUCAACGCUGCUCCUCAGUGGCAACCUUUUAAUGGUGGAAACUGGAACACAUUGGAACAAAAUCUCCGUGCUCGUAUCGCUGCUGCGAAUUAUAGAACCACUAUUUACACUGGCACCUUCGGCGUGACUCAACUGCGUGACCAAAACAACCGACUUGUUGACAUAUUUUUGGUUCGUCAGAACAAUCGGAUACCAGUGCCUCUGUAUUUCUACAAGGUGGUAUAUGACUCGUCUCGUCGUCAAGGAACAGCCUUCAUAGGCAUUAACAACCCCUACUAUACUGCGGCCGAGGUUCGCCGACUCACAUUCUGUACAGACCGUUGCCGCAACAAUAACGCCUUCAGCUGGCUCCGCUGGCAUCCGGACCGUAUUGAUAUGGGAUACAGCUUCUGCUGCACUAUCGAUGAUUUCAGGAGGACUGUCCCUCACCUACCCUCUUUCACCACCACGGGUCUCCUGACAUAA